UCCACUGUAUAUGCUACAUCGUUCUCUUCUCUGAAGUCCCAUUUGGUGGUAACUCUUUUGCACAAGAGCUUGGGAGAUUAGAACUAGAGACGCUCAAGGAGAUUUACACUUUGAACAACAAGGCAUCACCAUGGGAGACGAACACCAUAAUCAAGAGUCCGGAGCUAGCAACUCCACAGAUCAUCACGAAGAUGACAAUACUUGUGAGGAAGAUCCAGAGACAGGCGAGAAAGUUAAUGAAACCCCUAAGGUAACGGUUUGCAGGGAUAAGGAUGAGCCGAAUGAGAGGUUUGAGGUUGUGGUAAGCCCGCCUCGUGCAAACGUGUACUUCACGGGAACUAGCUUCUCCGGCGAGGCUGCUGCUCCGGGGACUAAUACAUAUGCAUUGGGAUUUGGUAACGGAAAGACCAAGAGGAUCAGAAUUCUUCCGGUUGCUACCAAUAAGGAGCAGGACAAUAUGAAUAUUGGAGAUAGUAACAGAAGCACCAGUUGUAUUGUUGCGCGCAACAUUCCUCCUUAUGAUGCCUCUGCAACUACUCCUAUUAAAGCUUAUCCUUUAGAUAAAAUCAUCGAAGAGGAAGAAUGGGACUCCCUUCAAGAUAUUUACCUCCUUCUCCAAGAUGAAUCUGUUGCAGCAGCGGUCAAUGCUUACCCGCUAUUUGUCCGCAACAGAUUGCACAAGUUGCGAGAUAUUGAGGAUGAUUCCGAGAAGAAGAUGCUUUCUGCUGCCUUAUCACUCCUCACACAUCUGGUUAAGUUCAAAAACAUGUACUCAACGGGUGGUUUCGUUUCUGCUAAAGGCCAUAAGUUUCCAGGAAUCAUCCAUCAGAAAUGUGUCACUUUGUUCAAGAAAUAUCCUUUCCUGAAUGAGAUCUCUAUUGACAAGACCAACCUUAUGAUAAGCUACGUGCUUGUGCUCGCCCUUCAUGUGGAUAACUUCAAGACCGAUCCAGAGGACAUAGCUAAAGAUCUGAAGAUGAGUGCUAUCGAGCUGAGGAAACAUCUUGCCAGUCUUGGCUGCAAAUUGUCGUGGGAGAAGUCAAUUUUGGUUGCAACUUUACCGACUCCUCUUAAGUUUUCGGAGUCAAAGUUAAACACGAGAAGAAGAAAAAGAGCGAAGAUACAAUACAAGGGAUGACGAUCUUGGAGAUCAGAUGAUUUGUUCUAUUUUGCUGUGUCGUGAUGUCUUUUUUUGCAUCUAUCUUAACAUUUUCACUAGUCUUUUGCAACUACCAAUCUCCAUAGCCGGAGAAAUUAUUUAUAUCAUGUCGGCUUGCACCAGCUAUAUUGGGCCGCUAA